AUGGACAAGGCCAAGCUCAUCGAGCUGCUCGAGGCCAGCCAGAUCCCUGACACUCAAAGUGUCAAGGCGGUCACGGCCGAGCUUCAGAAGAACUACUUUUCCCAGCCCCAGUCCCUCCUCCUCUUGACCGAGGUCGCCAUCACCCAUGACAAUGGAGGAAUCCGACAGCUCGCCGCCGUCCAAGCGGUUCGUAUCAGCGAGAAGCACUGGCCCAAGAUCCCCGAGGAACAGAAGGCCCUUGCUAGGCAGCAUAUCCUUGAGGGCAUCUUGAAAGAGCCCUCUGCCGGUGCCCGCCGCUCACUCUCUCGCCUGAUUGCCAACGUCGUCACUCUCGACCUCGAGGAUGGCCAAGGCCAGGAUGUCAUUCGAGAAAUCAUCGCUCUCAACACCAAGGACGACGUCCGCUCGCGAGAGAUUGGAUCGUACCUCGUCUACUGUCUCCUGGACACUGACCCGGUCCGCUUCACCGACCACAUCACCCAGCUCUUCCAACUCUUCAGCCAGACCAUCAAUGAUGCCCAGAGCAAGGAUGUCCGCGUCAAUACCAUCAGGUCCAUCGGUGCUCUCCUCAUCGUCAUCGAGCCCGAGGAGGACGAGGGUUCCGUCAACGCCAUCCAGAAUCUCUUCCCCGCUAUGGUGGUUGUUCUCAAGGAUGCCAUCGAGAGCGAGAACUCCGACCACUAUGGUGACAUCUUCGAGGUUCUCCAGUCCUUCCUUGCCUACGACCCGGCUCUUCUCAACAAGCACCUCAAGGAACUUGUUGAGUUCAUGAUGGAGAUUGCUUCCAACACACAGGUUGAGGAGGACGCCCGAUGCCAGGCCAUCGCCUUCCUUAGCCAGUGCGUGCACGCGCGCCGCAUGAAGCUCCAGGGCAUGAAGGAUAUUGGUGCCAAGCUCAUGACCACCAGUUUGAAGAUCGUCACUGAGGUGGACGACGAGCUCCUCGACGACGAUAUGGAUGAGAUGACGCCAGUCAGGGCGGCGCUCUCCUUGAUCGACCAGCUUUCCACCGAUCUCCCACCUCGCCAGGUUAUCAAUCCUCUUCUGGAUGACUUCCCCAAGCUUGCGGCUCAUGAGAAUGCUGGCUUCCGGAAGGCCGCCAUUCUGGCUCUUGGUACUGCCGCCGAGGGCUCUCCCGAUUUCAUCUCGACGCAACUGGCUCGUCUCUCGCCCAUCGUCGUCGCUCUCCUCAACGAUGCCGAUGAAGGUGUGCGCCACGCCGCUCUCAUUGGGUUGAUUCAGCUUGCCGACGAGAUGGCUGAGGAGUUCGAUCCUCAGCUCGCGGAGAUUUUCGAGGCCCUGCUUAAGAAUCUCCAGGCCUCUACGCAGGAGAACAACAAGAAGAAUGUCAGCAUCAUCCGCGCCGUAUGCGGUGCUCUGAACGCCCUGGGAGUCGGGACCCAAGACAAGGAUAUUACCAAGACCUACGGCCAGAAGCUCCUCUCUCCCUUGGGCCAGCUUCUCUCCCACGAGGAUCUUAGCGUUAAGGCCGCUGCUGCUGGUGCCAUUGGUGCCAUCGCUGCUUCUCUGGGCGAGAACUUUGCCCCCUACUUCAAGGAUGUCCUCACCGCCCUGGCUCCUUACGUGAACCUCAAGGAGGGCGAGGAGGCUUUGGCCCUCCGCUCUGCCGUCUGCGACUCCAUGGGAUCCAUCGCCCACGCCGUCGGUUCCGAGCUCUUCCAGCCUUACGUCCUUGAUCUCAUGAAGGCCAGCGAGGAGGCUCUCAGCAUCGAUAACGCCCGUCUCAAGGAGACCAGCUUCCUCCUUUGGGGAGAGUUGUCCAAGCUUUACGGCGACCAGUUCAAGCAGUUCCUGCCCGGUGUUUUCAAGGGUCUUUUGGACACUCUUGAGCUCGAGGAGGAGGAGAUCUCCCUUGAUGGCAUUGUUGAGGGUGCCUCUGAGGGAGAUGUCCUUGUCGUCGGAGGCAAAAAGAUUAGGAUCAAGCACGGCGAGGAUGAGUCUGAUGACGACAACAUCGUCAACAUGGAUGACGAUGCUGACUGGGAUGAUCUUGAUGAUUUCACCGGCGCCACCGCCAUUGCGUUGCAGCAGGAGGUGGCCAUCGAGGUCCUCGGAGAUGUCAUCUCUGAAUCCUGCAGUCUCGAAGAAAUCAAGACCUACCUCGAGCCUACUCUCGAGAAGCUCAUGCCCCUCGCCGAUCACUCCUUCGAGGGCUGCAGGAAGUCUGCUCUCUCUACGCUCUGGAGGGCUUACGCUCGCGUCUGGAAGCUCCUGGAGAAGCAGCCCUGGAAGCCUGGUUUCCCCAAGGACAACCCCAUGCCCGAUCCUGCCCUUGCCCAUAUUGCUCAGCUCGUUUGCAAGGCCACCUUGUCCGGCUGGGCCGAUGAGAGCGAACGAUCCGUUGUGACCGCCAUCAACCAGUACUCCGCUGAGACUCUUAAGACCACUGGUCCGGCUAUCUUGGCCGUUGAGGAUCUCGAGAGCCAGAUGGUCACUGUCCUCGCGUCGCUGCUUACUCGCUCUCACCCCUGCCAGCAGGACUUUGGCGACGAGGAGGACCACAAUGUCGAGGGCGGCACCUCUGAGUUGGACUGGUUGGUCAUCGACACUGCCAUGGAUGUCGUCAUUGGCAUGGCCGAGGCUAUGGGGCCCGCUUUCGUCAAGCACUGGGAGGUGUUCCAGAAGCCCAUCAUCAAGUUCGCCAGCUCCCAGGAAGAUCUCGAGAGGUCAACGGCCACCGGCACCAUUGCCGAAGUGAUCAGGUAUCUCGGCGGUGCCGUGACCCCGUAUACUGAAUCUCUUGCCAAGAUUCUCCUUCACCGUCUCUCCGACAACGACCCCCUUACCAAGUCUAACGCUGCUUAUGCCAUUGGACAACUCAUCCUCAACUCUGAGAACAACAACGUCCUUGGACUCUACGAGGAAGUUGUCACUAAGCUCGAGCCCGCCCUUGCCAUCACCGAUUCGCGUAUGCAAGAUAACAUCUGCGGUUGCUUCUCUCGCAUGAUGAUGCGCAACCCUGAGCCCCCGAUCGUCGCCAAGCUGCUUCCAGAGGUCGUUAACGUCCUACCCUUGAAGGAGGACUAUGAGGAGAACGCCCCUAUCUUCCAGUGCAUCUUCAAGCUUUACGACGUAUCCAAUCCCACUGUCCAGGAGCUCACUCCCCGCCUCGUUCCCAUCUUCAAAGCUGUCCUCGGCGAGCCCGAGAUCCAGCUUGACGACGAGACUCGCGAGAUGGUCAAGAAGAUUGCUCAGCUUCUCCACCAGGCGCGGCCGGAGUUGUUCCAGUAA